GCGGCAACAAUGACAAGCUGCAGAGACAGCUUGACGCCCUUCAGAAGAAGUACGACAAGCUGGCGUCCUCUACGGCCUCCACAGCAGCCCCAGCAGGCGGUGCUGGAGAUGAGCCCAAGGAGGACGCCAAAGAAAAGCAGAUUCGUGACAGUAUCAAAAACCUCGAGACCGCCAUCAAGGCUGUGGGUAAGCUCAGCGACGGUGGCGGCGCGGCCAAGGCCUCCCUGGAGACGCAGCUUCAGGAGGCCAGGAAGGCCCUCUCGGAGUGCAAGCCG